AUGGCGACUGCUAGAACCUUGUUUCGUUUUGGGCGAGUUUUCUCCAGAAAAAAUGCUUGUGCAGUCAGUAGACCUUUGUCAAGUUUAUCAAAUUUACCAGACACACAUGAGAUGUUAAGGCAGUCAGUGAGAGAUUUUGCAGAUAAAGAAUUGGUACCCAUAGCAGCAAAGCUUGACAAAGAACAUUUGUAUCCAGCUGAACAGGUGAAGAAGUUAGGGGAGAUGGGACUGAUGUGUGUAGAUAUACCAGAAUCUGACGGAGGUACAGGACUGGAUUACUUGGCAUAUGCCAUUGCUAUGGAGGAGGUCAGCCGAGGUUGUGCGUCUACUGGUUGUAUAAUGAGUGUAAACAAUUCCCUGUACCUCGGACCUGUAAACAAAUAUGCUACACCAGCUCAGAAGGAACAGUUUGUACAUCCAUUCCUCUCCGGUGACAGGGUUGGCUGCUUCGCACUCAGUGAACCUGGAAAUGGCAGUGAUGCUGGGGCAGCUUCCACUACUGCUAGACUGGAUGGAGAUUCAUGGGUCCUCAAUGGUACAAAGGCAUGGAUUACAAAUGGCUAUGAGGCUGAUGCUGCUAUAGUAUUUGCAACGACAGAUAGAGGACUCAAACACAAGGGCAUCAGUGCAUUUUUGGUACCUAAGCCCACACCUGGUCUGUCAUUGGGGAAGAAGGAGGACAAACUAGGCAUUAAAGCCACAUCUACCUGUUAUCUCAUUUUUGAGGACUGCAGGCUUCCCAGGGAAAAUCUGCUUGGUGAACCAGGCAUGGGAUUCAAAAUUGCUAUGCAAACAUUGGAUGCUGGACGAAUCGGAAUAGCUGCUCAAGGUUUGGGAAUUGCACAGGCAGCAUUUGAGUGUGCUAUUGAUUAUGCCCAGAAGAGGGAGGCAUUUGGAUCACCUAUAGCACGCAUGCAGACCAUCCAGACCAAGCUCUCUGAUAUGGCCAUGGCUAUUGAGAGUGCUAGGCUGUUAACCUGGAAGGCCGCCAUGCUAAAGGAUGAUGGCAAACCAUUCAUUAAGGAAGCAGCAAUGGCUAAAUUAGCAGCAUCAGAGGCAGCAACAAAUGUGAGCCAUCAGUCCAUUCAAGUGCUUGGAGGUAUGGGAUACACAACAGACAUGCCUGCUGAACGACACUAUCGUGACGCACGUAUCACGGAGAUCUAUGAAGGCACAAGCGAGAUUCAGCGUCUUGUGAUAGCUGGGCAACUUCUCAAAGAGUAUCCUUCAAGUUAACAUGGACUGAAGGCAUUGGUUACAUUUCAUACAGACAGAAUAUUGAGGACACAAAAUGGGAACAACAUGAAUGGACAGAAGACAUAGGGGACAGAAUGAUUUUGUGAAAAUAUACAUCAAACAUUGAUGAAGUUAUUAAGUGUUUUUCUAUGAUGACCAAAGAUCCGGACUUAGCAUUUCCUUCAGUCCAUACAUUUUGAUGUAUUGUGAUUGGCAACAUCCAUAUUUGUAAAGUGCCAAAUUUGUAAUAGAUAGCAAAAGUAGGAACUAAGAUGAUAUUUUUUAGGCCAGCUGGAAAUAUGAUCAUGUUGUCCUCACAUGUUUUACAUAAUUAACGAAGAUUCCACAAUAUUGAUUGUGUAGAGGUACUGUGUGUACCAAGGUUAGGAUGGGGGGGAGGGGGAUGAUUAUAGUGAAAUUUAGAGAUAUUAAUUAUCCAAUGAUACAAGACCAAAUUACAAUUGAUAUCUUGAUCGUAAAUAUGUUGUUUAUUAAUGUGAUGAUUGAAUAGAUGAUUUAAUUGACUUCAAUUAAUAUUAAAAUGUCACUGUAUUCUUAAAUGGAAUUAGCUUCGAACUGAAAAUCAUACAGGGUAAUUUUCAACGUCCAUUAAUUUGUACUGACAAUUGCAAUUGCAUUGGAUAAAUAACUCAAAUGUUGCAUUCCUAAUAACUACUAACCGCUUUGAUAUUGGAGACCUGAAACCUACCUAGUCAUGCAUUUAAAUUUUAAGAUGAUAGUUAUGAAAUGGUUACUGAUUUUAUUAUUGUGGCAUAUAUUUUUAAACAUCUUUAGAGUUGAUUGGCUUCUUUACAUGUAAAAGUUUCAUGAAGAUAUUUGUUUUCAAUUUAACUGCUCAAUCUCCUAAUAGAUAUCUGGAUAAUUGCAAUAUAUUGUGAAAUCAAAAUUAAUGCUAGGCGGGUAACAGAACUGCUCAAGACUAUCUUUAACAUGGUUGUCUGUUUAUUUUGAUUUUGAGUGAUUUAUUUGUUAUAAUAUUGUUUACUGUGAUUUGAUAGUGAAAUCAAGCUUUGUUUUCGACCUCAUAUGAAGAAGGCAUUCGGCAGCUUGUUUAAAUUUGAAUGUUUGUUGAUCCUUAGGAAACUCUUGAAGACCAAACAAGGUCUCUUUUACAAUGAUUAACAGUGUAUUGCAUAUCAUUUUCAAUAUAAAUCAUAUUUGAAAUAUCUGACAUCGUUUAUAUCAGAAAACAUCAGAAAAAAUGAGGUAAGAUUGGUAUAAGAUAUUACCACAUAAUUCUUAGUAGAUUUGAAAUGAACAUAAUUCUAAAAUGAAAUGAAUUAAUUGUAUACAAUGUUACACUGAAAUUUUCAAGAUUCUUGGAGAUAUGCAGGAAAAGUUGACUUGAUUUAUAUGUGGUAUUAUCUAAAAGUGAGACGGACCUUUCAUAUUAUUGUGUGAUAUUCUUUUGUAAUAUGAUGCCUCAAUUGCUGCGAAGUUGAUAUGAAUUAUAGAGGUAUAUGUGAGGGUGUGUAGGGUGUGAAUUUUGUAUAUACUGAAAAGUUUUUAUGUACAUACUGAGAUCUUGUUCUUGUCUGUAAAUGGGAUCAGAAGAAAAUAUUAUGUAUGUAAUAUUUGAAAUGUAAUAAAAAAAUUUGAAUUUGCA